AUGGCCGAUCCAAGGAACGAAGCAGGUGUUGAAGACGAAGAGGAGGAGAAACAUGCUUCUACCUUCAAAGAACUUGGACAAAUUGAGGCCCUCGGUGCUACCAUUGGUGCACGUUGUGCUACAAUUGUUGGUGGUAUGGAUAUGAUGACCCAAGCCAUUGCUCUUUCCAAACGCCCUCAUGUGAUUGUGGCUACACCCGGCCGCUUACAAGACCAUCUGGAAAACACCAAGGGAUUCAGUUUGCGUGGCCUCAAAUACCUUGUCAUGGACGAAGCAGACCGACUUUUAGAUCUUGAUUUUGGACCGAUCAUUGAUAAACUUCUGCAAAACAUGCCGAAGGAACGCCGCACGAUGCUCUUCAGUGCUACCAUGACGACAAAGGUGGCCAAGUUGCAGCGCGCUAGUUUGCGAAACCCAGUCCGAGUAGAGAUUGCACGUUUGGGCGCAUUGAACAAGUUCAAGUCAGGUGGACGCUCGAUUAUGGUAUGCACAGAUGUCGCAGCUCGAGGACUUGAUAUCCCAGCUGUUGACUUGGUCGUGAACUUUGAUAUCCCUACGCAUUCGAAAGACUAUAUCCACCGCGUCGGACGUACGGCACGUGCCGGUCGCCAGGGCCGCAGUGUUACGCUAGUGACCCAGUAUGACGUGGAGCUUCUUCAACGGAUAGAAGCAGCGAUUGGUAAGAAGUUGGAAGAAUUUCCAGGUGCGAAGGAUCGUGAAAUGAUCAUGUUACUUUCUGAGCGAGUGGGCGAGGCGCAACGAGUUGCUCUCCGAGAAAUUCAGGAGAAAGGACUCGGAGGUGCCAGUGGGGCAGGUCGCCGCAAGCGGAAACAGGCACAAAAUCUUGAAGAUGAGCGCGAUCGUGAUGAUGACGUGGUCGAAGCGGGUGCCUAUCGUAGCAAAGCAAGGUCGGGUAUAAGUAAACGCCGAAAGUAG